AAGAACUGCUUGCUUUGUAUAAUUCAAGAGUAGAGCAACGCGUUCUGGAGCGUACCAUAUAUACUUAAACUACUUUCUCUAACUAUUUUCUCUUUUUGGGAAAGUAAGAAGCAAGAUGUUCGCCUCGUCUAGCAAUACCCUGAUCAUGUCUUCGAAUUCCGAAGACGCAGGGCCUCUGCUCGGCCCAAGAAGUUGUACGAUGUCCGACACCAGUAUGGAAGUGUCAGAAUCGAAAUCGACAAAAUCGAAAAAUUUGUGAUGCGCAAAAUCGUAGCCAGUUAGAGCCACAGUUUGGAGUCGGCGCAUGACAAAUUUUCCCCGUCCUGGAAGCGAGUCUGUCGCGCGGUUUAGGGCAAAAGAGCUGCCUUCUGUCAUGCUAGUCAGCAGCCCAACAUUUGACCCUUACCAGGACUAUAGUCCUCCUUCCUUGCAUCCUCUGCAAUAGAGUCGCUUUCUGUGUAGCAUUUCAUGCAUUACAGAUAAUCUCGAUUUUGACGAUUUCGAUCCUGACACCCCCAUAACCAGUCCUCCAUUGAGGCCCGGUUCAAAUGAUCCAGGACCAGGAGUAUCCUGAGUAAAAUCGUCCCCACCCCAUAGUCAAGAUGGGGAUUUUGCAACACAAACCUGGAAGUCUUGGGACUCAUGCAUCACAAGUUGCAGUCCGUAGUGUAGUGCAGGUUAGCAAAGGCAAACGCAUCAGAAAUCCACCUGCUUAUCCUGGUUACAGCAUUACAAAUUCCAAAACACGACUAGAAACUCCUCUCAUGGAGAUGCCCAUUACAAAUGGUCCUGUCGUUGCAAAUCUGCAUGACAACUCUGGGGUGGGGACGUUUUUACAAAUGAUAAGGAGAACCGGACCCUCUUCCCCCUGAUUUUUCUUGCACCAGACCAACAGCACAUGGUGCUCCCGUAGCCGCAAAUGCGAAAAAUGCAAAAAGGAAGAACACCAGCACGAGCACUAGCAGCUUGGGGGCGGGUACUACUGGUUCUAUUUCCUGCAGCGACCCAAGUAGGACAUUGAUGUCGUCCUCAACAUCGUCGACUGGUGCGGGGUUGAACAAUGAUAACAAACACCAGCGCAUUCUGAAUUACCCACUCACGCCGGAAGUUGGGCCAAGGGAAGUUGUGCUCCUAGAAGCUCCAGUGAUCGAGAAAUGCGACGUAGGAACAAGACCCGACGGAGAAACGGGCGUGCUGGACCUUGUUGAUAGGGAACAUCAUCAUGCCGGUAUAAUAUCUUCAAACCACCGCGGAGGAGCACAAUAUAAUGGAAAUGGAGCAUAUAAAGGAAAUGAGGUUGCGGCAGGACCACGAGGAGCAUCUUCUUCAACACAUGAGCUGCGGAAGAAUACGUCUAGUACAACGAGCAUAAAAGAUCUGUACAACGUAGUUCCAGUAACAUCUGUGGAUGAUAAGCACGACCAGCAGACGAAGACUCGCAAGCCGCGACAUUCCUGGAGCGUGCACAACUAUGACCCGCUCAGGUGUCAACUUGCAGGCUACGUAAACGUUUACAAUAGAUAAAUAUGCAAAUCUGUGAUGCAAAAGGUGCAUGAUUUAAGUUAAGUAGCCUACUCGUACUCCUGCAGGAGUGCGCAUGACAAGUUCUGGAGUUGUCCCAAACGACCGGACUAGAGUCGGGCGAAAUUUGAUUGUCUUGCAGAAACUGGAACAGGAACGUUGUGCGAGUCUGUCAUGCUCGUCAUCAUGCAAUACAAAACGCAGAGGCAGACUCUAUUGGAACGCUUGAGAUUUUUGUAACGUUUGAGAAGGUCAUGACAACCUCCGGGAUUUUCUUGCUGAAGAGGAAGAAGUGGACUCGGAUUCCUACACCCGCAUUUAUGGCCCGCUUAAGUUUUGUUAGAAUCUGUGAUGCAAAAGGUGCAUGAUCCAUCCUCUUCUCACAGGAGUAAGUACGCAUGAUAAGUUCGAGACGAGUACCAAACCGCACCAGAAUUAUUCGGCUCAAUUUGUAUUGCAAAAAGCGAAACACAACUACUCUGUGUGUCUCUCAUGCUGUUGAUCAUGCAACACAAAAUCCAGACACAGACUCUGUGUACUGUAACCACGUCUGAGAUUUUUGUAACAGCUGGGCAGGUUAUAAAAUUCCCACCGCGUUUUUCUCUACUUCUUUGACAUCGGAAGAUGACGAUCAUGUAUGAAUUGCAAAAGUAUCGUACUCGUAGUCGUAUAAAUGCAUUACAAAUUUCCUCAGCAUGAGAGAUAAAAUUUGUGAUGCUGAUUUACCUUAAGAGAAAGAUUUUUAAAUGCAUGACUGCAAUACGAAUACGAUUGAUACUUUUGCACAGGAUAUCACGACAAAUUCGACGAUAUUAGUCUUUUUCGCAUCUACGCUGCCGAGGACCCUCACGCGGCACUCUCCCCCUCUAGCCGAACAGGACAUCAUAACCCGGCCUCCUCAAGUAGCAGGCAGCAGCGCAUGGCUAUCCUAUGUAAAAACGUCCCCAACCCAUAGUCAAGAUGGGGAAUCGGCUAGACAAAUCUACAAGUUUUGGCUGCUUUGCAUGACAAAUUUGGAUUUGUAGUGUAGUGCUGUUUGAGCUAGCUCAGCAGCAUCACAGAUCUAGUAUAUCAUGCUGAUUGAAGUAUGACAGAUUCCAAAAAACGCCUAAACAAUGCUUCUCAUGGGGCUCCGCAUGAGAAACAUUUUCAGCAUGCAGAUUUGCAUAUACAACUAUGGGGUGGGGACGUUCUUCAAUACGAUAAUGGCCAUGGCGUCCUUGCUCCUGGACCGGUGGCGUUUCGAGGUUCUAUGACAAUGCACAACUCCCCCUCGUCCCCCUCAUUUGUCAUGCAAAGUACCAAUUAUCCAUCCCUUUCCGUGAAGCACUGCUUUGAUGACAGGUUCCGGAAGCUGAAACAGGAACAGCACUAGAAUCGGUCGCGAAUUUGUCAUGCAAAAGCUGCAUUUAUGCCAGCACUUGUGUUGCUGCUUAUGCACUUCAAAUGAGGGAAAGGGGGGAGUUCGUUGUGGACUCUCAUAGGUUCCGUACGGGACUUACAAACGCAUCGCAUUGUUUCUCGCCUUGCUGGCGAGUGGGUAUGUUGUGGUCGUGUUUUUCGCUGGAACAACGUCGAGUGCCCUGGCGUCUGGCGAGCACUAUUCGGGAACCUCCGCCGCAGCUUCAUCUUCUAGCCGCAGUGCCGAUCAUACCAGAGGUGAUACAUCAACCGGGGAGUACUAUGGCGCGGGUGGCGCACAUGGCGCGAGUGCGGAUAGCACAUCAUUGCACGGAAUCGCAACGACCGUGGAUAGCAGUGCAGGAGGUACAGGGGAGAAAGGGAUGCAGGUACACAACAAGAAGGAUCUCGCUUGUGUCUCUGCGCACCGAACAGUUGAAAAUCAUGCGGAUCUUACAUAAUUUCCCGCCCAUGUUCUUCUACAGAACAGCAUUAGCCGAUGCUGUGGAACCAAAAUCAAGAAAAAAAAUAUCAACAGGCCAUCUGCUGCGACCUGCGGCAGCUGAUUUUCCUCGGUUUCCUGUUAGCGCACCUUGCGUCCCUGCAGGACAAAGUGCGUUUUUAUCCCAAUGCAAAAACGUCCCCACGACCCCAGAUCCAAGACAAGGAUUCCGCUUCACAGAACCAGCAUCUUUUGGCUGUCGCGCAUGACAAGUUUGGGCUCGCCGUUUCAUCGCGUUUACGUUUAACUAUUGUACUAGCUGCAUCACAAAUCGAUCCCCUUAUGCUGCUUCUAGCAUGACAAAGUGCCAGACAGCAUUACAGGAUAGUACUCAUGGGGCUCUGCAUGACAAACAUUUGAGGCUUGCGGAUUUGCACGACAGCUCUGGGGAGGCCGCGGGGACGUUUUUGCUCUGGAUAGCUUCGAGUACUUGUUCAAGUUUUCCGAGAAAAAGCCGCGGGGCUACAUUUUCGUGUGCAUCUUUUAUGAACUGCAAAAGUAUCUGAUACUCGUACUGCAAUCAUGCAUUACAAAUCUUUUUCUUGAGGUAAAUCCGGAUUACAAAUUUUAUUUCUCAUGCUGUAAUUUGUAAUGCAUUUAUACGAGUACUACGAGGAUACUCUUGCAGUUCAUAUCUUUUUUCUCACGGCAACUGACUUUUUCACCAAGAUGUACGACAAGCUCUUCAGUGGUAUCAAAUGCGAAAAUGUCUGGGCCUGGAAGAAUGCAUGUUUGUCAUGCUUGUAUGGCAUGACUCUUAAAUCUGUCAUGCGCCUUACCUAAUAGCCCCAUUCUUCUGUCAUGCAGAAACGCAGUUUGUCAUGCAGAAUAGGCAACACCUAGGUAGAAGCUCAAAAACUUGUCAUGCUGAGCCAGCAUUUGUGGCCUCCUCAUGAUACGCCACCCAGCGUCACAAGUUUCCAGACCCAGACAUAUUUGCAAUGCAUAAGUGGCGUCUUCGGACUAAUUUUCUCGAUACUCCACUCCGUCGCCCGGUUCUGCCUCCCCGGGUUUAUCGUUCGAACUUUUUCAUCUUCUUCUUCAAGCACCUCGGCUGAACAAGAAGCAUCCUCGCACGCUGGUGUUUCAAAGUCAGAGCACCUCCGUGAAGAUGGACAACAACCCACUUUACUGGUUUUACUCUGCGCCGCACCGUUGAUCCUGUGGCACAUCUACAUUGCGCGGAAAGCAACGACGAAGACCGGAUUUCUGUGCUAUUUGAUGUGGAAGUGCUUCUUCGUUCUGGUGAUCGUGUUGCCAAAGACCAUAUGCAUUGCAAAUAUGUCUGGGUCUGGAAGGUGGUAACUUGUCAUGGUAAAUCUGAAGCAUGCAAAAGUCUGUGUUGCAUGAGUGCUAAAAGCAGCUGUCCACUUUCGACCAAGUUGGGAGGGAGUUUCUCAUGCAGGAUAGGCAUGGCGGAGACCUCGCAGAGUCUGUCACGCUAAGUCCCGCAUUCCAGACCUCAUGGGUCAUGGAAAAUUUGCAUGACAAGUUUACACUCUUCCAGACCCAGACAUAUUUGCAAGGCAUAGACCAAUUUUCUGGAGUCGAUCGGGUUUCUCCUGGCGCUCUUCGUAUGCAUUGCAAAAGUAUCGUAUUCGUAUAAUUGCAUUACAAAUUCUUUCAGCAUGAGAAAUAAAAUUUGUAAUGCGGAUUUAGCUUGAGAACAAGAUUUGUAAUGCAUGUUUGCAAUUGCUACGAGCACGAUACUUUUGCACAGGAUACUUCGGCGAGUACAACCAUCCCUUGUCCGUAAUCAGUCUGGCGUUUGGCUGCGGGUUGUGGGUUAUCAAAUGCAAAUAGGUCUGGGUCUGGAAGGAUGCAAGAUAGAUUCCUAAAUCUGUAAUGCAUGAGCAGGAAGGCAGCCUCGUACCUGUCAUGCAAAAAUGCAGUUUGUCAUGCGGGAAGCGAAACAUAUAGGACCUCAGAAACUUGUCAUGUGUGGCUGCGUAACGCAGUGCACCCAUCAUUCACAAACUGGCAUCACAAGUUUCCAGACCCAGACAUAUUUGCAGUCCAUAUGGGUCCGGGGCUUGGGCAUUUACAGGACCGACCACUUACUGUAUUGAAUGGCGAUGGUGCAGCUGCAGCAGCUGGACCGAAUCGAGAAGUGGAGCACAAAAUUGCUGUUCUUGGUGGACGAGGGAAAAUCUUCUCGGGUCAGAAAGAAACUUCUUCUUCAGGAGCAACGACGUGCUGAAUAAAGAUGCGAGCGCAACAUGUCACUGACAUUGUCAGUUCCCUGGACGUCGAUUUAGCACGACUAACGUGUUACAACGCCUGGACCUCAUUGGUAAUUAGAAGGGUGUGGUUGUAAAUGUUCUACGAGACGGAGACAUGUUUUUCUUUUUUCUCGAUGGAGUUGAUUAUGAUUUCAAAUUUGCUUUUCCGCACCCUCAAACUCGCUGAGAAAUAAGCGCAAGAAAGAACCCGAAGAGGUCAUCAAGAAGAAAUGUAUUGUCCUGCUGGUGUAUAUUCGAGGAGGGAAAAAAACAAGAACUCUCGUAGCUUACACCGACAUCUUCACACGUCACACGACGACCUGGCGCUCUUUGAGUCAGAG